AACCAUGGGAAAGAAGAAACAAGAGAUGUCUCAAGUAUACAACUCCAACAACGAGUUCAUCUUUGGUGAAAAAGGCGGCAAAGGAAAGAACCUCUCCACUUUCCUCAAAAACCUCUCCUUAACCACUUCUCCCAGUCAACCCCAGUCAGAAUUCAACGAAGCAAAUUCCAACAUAUACGGAUCCUUGUCAUACUCAAAUCCUAAUACCAAUGAAAUCAGCCGGUCUAAUCCCUCAUUGGCCAGAAGGGCUUCGCCCAAACGGUCGCUCUCAGGGCCCACCAACAUGUCGUUUGCCCAUUCGCUCACUCCCACCGCUUCUGAAGCUUUGCGAACCAACUCGCCCACUCGCACCAAACGUGUUGUUAGUGCCAAGUACGCUGAUCUCGACGACGACUGGGACGCAAACUUCGACGACGCUCGUGUAGACACCGACAUGCCCAGUGUUCGCAGAGAAGGCUUUGGCAACACUUUUCUAGAUCCCAGUCCCAUGUUGGACUCACUUUAUCCUGAUCUCACAAUUCCUGCGGGCACAAAAGAACCGGUGAAAGACUCAAUUGACCUCGAGGACAUGAAAAUCAAGUUGGAAAUCAACAAGUUGAACCAGCUCAACACCAAGUUCCUCAAGUUCAAGGCCCUUUUAACCCAAUCAUCCAAUAUAAACCUCCAGGAGCUUCGUAAACUCUCCUGGAAUGGAAUUCCUUCCAACUUACGGGCCAUAAGUUGGCAGAUUUUAUUGGGUUACUUGCCGACAAACAAAUCAAGACAAUCUGCUACCCUCAAAAUCAAGCGUCAGGAAUACUUGGAUGGCAUCAAGUUGAUGCAAAACUCGGUCAAUUUCGAUAAUGAUGAUAGCAAAAGUAUGAGCUCAUCGUCGCUAAACUUGAACCGAGACAAGCAGAUCUACCACCAAAUUAAAAUCGACGUCAAGAGAACAAACCCCACUGUCAAGCUAUACGGUCACCCAGAAGUGCAGAAAUCCUUGAGAAAAAUCCUCUACUUCUGGGCCAUCCGUCAUCCAGCCUCCGGUUACGUCCAAGGUAUAAACGACUUGGUGACACCGUUCUUCCAGAUCUUCCUCACCAACUACAUUUGGCAAUUACAGCGUACGAGAACCCACGAAACCAGCCAUAACCCUGAAGACGACGACUCAAUGUUGUUCAUUCCUGAUGUACUUGAUCCCCAUGACCCCAAAGAACAAGCUCUCUUGAACGACCCCCAGCUUUUCAACUAUAAUCUUCAUAAUCUCGACCCCACGCAAAUCAGUUCUCGAGUCUUAUCCAUCAUCGAGGCUGAUACCUACUGGUGUUUAUCUCGACUUUUGGAAACCAUCACCGACAAUUACAUCCACCAACAACCCGGUAUUCUCAAGCAAGUAUCGGAUUUGAAAAACCUUAUCAGCAAAAUCGAUAUCGACCUCAUCCAUCACUUUGAGCAGGAGAAUAUCGAGUUCCUCCAAUUUGCAUUUCGGUGGAUGAAUUGUCUUUUGAUGCGAGAGCUCUCGAUCGACUUGAUCAUUCGGAUGUGGGAUACUUAUCUAAGUGAAUCGCCGUUGGGAUUCAGUAACUUCCAUAUCUACGUGUGUGCGGCGUUCCUCAUCAAGUUCAGCAGCGAUUUAAAACAGAAGGAUUUCCAGGAAAUCAUUCUCUUUUUACAAAACCCACCUACCUCACACUGGACAGACAAGGAUAUAGAGUUGAUGUUGAGUGAAGCUUUUAUAUGGCUGAGCUUAUACAAAAACGCAUCUGCUCAUUUAAGAUGAUGAGAUACCAAAACGGAGUUUCUCCAGAGUCUCAUCUCGCGGCAAUUGACUUCUGUUAAUUAAAUACAGGGCCCUUUUAUAGAUCCUAAUUUAUCCACUCGUAACACACUUAUUAGCUCAACCUAAUUCCUCCCAGCCAUGUCUGAUGUUCCAGUUCAACCCCAACCUAAAAAACCGGCUGGUAGAACCAUCUUGGCCUCUACCAUCGCCAAAAUCUAUACCAGUGAAAUAGCUGACAAGGUCAAAUCCUUGGGAUAUGCCCCCAAAAUCGUGGGGCUUUUGGCCAAUGGCGACCCGGCCGCAUUGAUGUAUGCCAACUGGACUAGCAAAACCUGUAAUGAGUUGGGCUUCGACUACGAGUUGGUUCACUGUGAUAAACAACAAUUGGAAAACAAGUUGAUCAAGGCCAACCAAGAUAACUCCAUCAAUGGGAUCAUGGUAUAUUUCCCGGUGUUUGGAGACAACCAGGAUCAGUACCUUCAGCAACUCAUCAGUCCAGAGAAGGACGUGGAAGGGUUGAACUACUUGUACUAUAAGAAUUUGUAUCAUAAUAUCCGGUUCUUGGACCCUCCCACCAACCGCAAAAAAUCCAUUUUACCGUGUACUCCGUUAGCAAUCGUCAAGAUUUUGGAAUACUUGGGUAUCUACAACAAGAUCUUACCGUACGGUAACCGGUUAUACGGCAAGAAAAUCAUGGUGGUUAAUCGGUCUGAAAUUGUCGGUAGGCCAUUGGCAGCGCUUUUGGCCAACGACGGGGCCACUGUCUACUCGGUGGAUAUCAAUAAUAUCCAACAGUUUACUCGUGGUGACGAUCUACUGGAACAAAAGCAUAAGGUCAUUGACUUGGACAGUGCCACCGCCAGUAUCGACAAUUUGGCCCCCACCUGUGAUGUGAUUAUCACGGGAGUACCUUCUGACCACUAUAAAUUUGACAGCCAGUUGGUGACCAACGGCACCACGAUUGUUAACUUCUCCAGUGCCCGAAACUUCAACGAUGAUAUCAAGCUCAAGGCCGCUCUCUACGUGCCAUCCAUUGGUAAGGUCACCAUUGCCAUGCUUCUUCGAAACCUAUUACGCUUAAUCGAAAACAACCAAAUAUGAGGUGAAAAUAUACAAUCAUUUG